GUAUAUCUGACUUCUCUUCUCCUCCUCUUCCGAUAAACCCUCAUCGUCAGUUCGUCACCCACCGUCGCCUCGGGGAAACCGCGCCAGUGAGAAGGCAUCAAGCCGUCAAGCACGGCCAGCUACUAGCCAUGGUGACGACGCGGGGGAUGGCCGCGACGGCGUCGGCUGCGGAAGGGUACGAGAGGGAGAGGGAGGCGAGGAUCCAGGAGAACAUGGAGCGGAUGCAGAAGCUGGGGAUACGUGAUCUUGCCAACCGCUUCAACCAGUCCGCGACCGGUUUCGCCGGCGGCGGGAGCUGGAGCGGGAGCGAUCGCUGGAGGCGGAAGGUGCCUGUGACGGCGGGACCCGCAUCCCCAUCGCCUGCUCGUCGGUCACUCAGGCUGAAGAGCCUAGAUCCUGUUAACUACUGCGAGAUUCGGACAAGAAAGGGCAAGGAUGUUGAAGGUGGAAGCUCUGUUCCAAUUGAGGUUGGGUCCGAGGAAGAAGUUAACGCAGAAGAUGCUGCUCCGGUCGCUAAGGAGGAUCAGGGCCAUUCAGAGGCUAUCCAGGAUGAAGAUGCUGACCACCACCAAGUGAAUGACCCCGCUGAUGAUGAUGGUGACGAGGAUGACAGGGAGUCUGUGGUGACGUCUAGUUCUCAGGAUUGUGAGGUUAAUCUAGAAGACAUUAUUGGGUGUGCCACUUCAUCUAAGCCGGCUGGCCCAAAGAAGAGAAAGUUGAUCGAACGAAACCCUGACUAUGUGUUGCGAGAGCUAGCUUGAUCAGGUCCCGUUCCAACAGAUCAUGAACAGCCUGAUCUUAUGAGCAUGACAGUCUCUUUUUGGUGCCCGUGCCCCGUGAACGAUCUGUCAGUAUCUUUUGCCGAGGAAAGACAGGUUUAUUGGACCAGUGUGUUUCAGUUCAUUUGCACGUACGUGCUGUGUGUUAGUGUCAUCAUCGUUGGCUAGGCAAUUGUGGCGCACGCUCUUUUGCUCGAAACUUUUAUGGCUGUGCCAACUGCCAAGUAUGGUUCUGCUUGAUGAUAUAAGCUUAUAAUAAUGCUCUAUGAAUCACAAUAGGCUACAUAUAUAUUCAGCCUAAUGCUUUAUUUC